CCCCGGGGGUCUCGGGGCCAGGCUUCUCGUGGCAGGUCUCCGUGGCCGGGCUCCCACUGUCUAGUGUUCUCGACUCGCUUGUCGGGGCCCUCGCGGGGGUCACGGAGGGAACCCAAGGGCGCCCUCGAGGGCGCGAGGUCAUUCGCGCUUCGCGGUCCUCGCGGUCCCCGUUCCUCCUCCCCCUCCUCCUCGUCCUCCUUUUCUCCCCUCUGGGGGGGGGCGGCGCGAGAGCGCGAAGGUGCUCGCGCUCCCGCGCAGCGCGAAGCGCGACGUUGGGAGCCCUCGUGGAGCCACUGCGGAGCCUGACGAGACCCUCCCGGGCCGUCCGCGGCGCCCUGAGGGCCGCACUUCGGGCGCCGCCGUGGAGGCCCUCCUGGAGGCACCGUCGCCCGCCGCGGGCCGCCGGGCCGGGCGUCGGGGCGAGCGCGCCCCAAAGCCUGCAGAGGCAAGGGCUCCCACGAGGGCGCGAGGUCAUUCGCGCUUCGUGGUCCUCGCGGUCCCCGUUCCUCCUCCCCGUCCUCCUCGGCCUCCUUUUCUCCCCUCUGGGGGGGGCGGCGCGAGAGCGCGAAGUGAUUCGCGCUUCGCGGACGAGCGUGCCCCAGAGCCUGCAGAUGUUUCGAGGCGUCGCCGAAGGCAUGGACCAUCGCCGCCCCUGGAUUUCUGAUGAGGAGGAGCAGGAGCAGGAGCAGGAACAGGAGCAGGAGCGGGAACCUUCUCUGCGUGCCGUCGGCAGUUGGGCUGGGUGCCAGGGCGAGCCCCCCCCCGCGCUUUUCCCGCAGCGGGAGCUGCAGGAGGACGGCGGCCGGGGGCGCGGAGCGGACCUGGCCACCCAGAUGCCGUGUCCUCCGGAGGCGCCGACGGCCUGUGCAUGAAGUACGGCGGUUCUGACUCCGGCGAGGCGGGCGAGAACAUUGCUCCCCAAGGCUUCUCCGUGUGCUUCGACUCCUACAAGAGUGGUGACGCCCCUGGAGACCACGUCCACGGCGACGACCACGGCGUGGUGAUGGGCUGGAACGGAGGGUCCAUCUUUCAGCAGAUCGGCUCGGGCCACUGGGCGGACGACAGCGUUCUUUUCUUCGAGGAUUCUACCUGGCACGAUGUCGUUGUGGAGGUCACGCCCAGCGGCAGCGGCGCGAGUGUGAUACUGAAUUUUGACGAAGGAUCCUACUACAGAACUGCCACGAUUGGUAGUUACUCAUCACCCGUUGGCAGUCAGCAGAUAGCCUUUACUGCAAGAACAGGUGCUUCUACCAAUUGGCACUAUGUCACGAAUAUCCAGGCGUGCACAGCCGCGACGCCCAGCCCGACGCCCUACCCUACGCCCUUCCCGACGCCCUACCCGACGUCAUACCCGACGGCCUACCCGACGGCCUACCCGACGGCCUUCCCGACGCCCAGCCCGACGCCCAGCCCGACGUAUCCUCCGACGCCAGCUCCGACGUCCCAGCACCCCUGGAUGCUGUUUGCAAACGUCAACCCUUGCGAUGGUGCGAACAUGGGGUACGCUGGGCCCUGGGCCAGCAGUACUGGAAGCGCUGCCACAGCCCUUACAAACGAUUUCGUCGACAGCACUGUGGGGACCACCCCAGUGAAGUACAUCACGAUCGCUCGACACUCGAACGGUGCAUGCGAGAUGUCCAAGACGUGGGAGCUCACCGAGUUCUUCCCGAUGCAGGAUUACUUCAACGACCUGAACCCAGGGAGGAUAUAUGCGACGGGAGAUGGCAGCGCCUCGGACACCCACGUCGGGUCGGACAUGCCAUCUUCUUUCGAUGGGGACAGCGUCCCGGGAGACCCAAUCUUUAGCGCCAACGGUGGGCUGGUCUUCAACUGGUGGUACUCGAACAACGGAGCUCGGAUUGCAGUCACUGGUGGCUACAAGGUCCCGUACACUCUGCCGUCCACGGGGGAGAACAACGACGACCUCCACGGCCUGGGCAACGAGCUCGGUGCGAACACCCAGGCAGGAGAGGGGAGCUCCACGUGGUGGCACGAUGCUGCCAAGAUCAUGGGAGACUGCCACGGCACCUCCUGCCAGGUG